GUAUAAUUUACAACUAUUUUCAGUACCAUUUGACAGUCGCGAUAAAAGAACAACACUUAGUGCAAACUGUAAUGUAAUUUUAUUACAUUUUUUAAAUUUAAAGUUAUCAUUGAUUGGUAAUUUCGUUAAGAUUAACAUAUGUUUUUAAAGAGUUGGCAGUAUUUACAUAUUUUCUAGUCUGUUUAGUUAUAUUUACGAAACGGUUAUAGUGGUGAUAACAUAACAAAAAUAAAAAAAACAUAUACAGAUAGCAAUAAUAAGCAAAAAAAAAGCAAAACUAUACAAAAAUGAGCAGAUACACGUUUAGUGGGUUAAGAAAAAUUCUGUCAACUAAAUCGUUAUCAAAUCACAUACGUAUGUUAAACAACUCAACAUCGUCUACCUCAGUAACCAAUACAGUGCAAUCAACGGUUGAUUCUGAAGAUGUCAAACGGCAUGCAAAACAGGCAGAUGAGUGGUGGAAUCCCAGUGGAACCAUGAAGUUGCUUCACACCUUCAACUUACUUAGAGUGCCUUUUAUACGAGAUGGUCUUGUACCACCUUCUACAGAGAGGAAACUGGCGCCGCUUUCAAAUAAAAGUAUUUUAGAUGUAGGCUGCGGGGGAGGCAUCCUUACAGAGGCAUUAGCAAGAAUUGGAGCGAACAUGACCGGAAUUGAUGCAAGUAGAGAGCUUGUGGAUGUAGCAAAACAACAUAGCGUAGCUAAUCCCAAGCUAUUAAACCACCGACCAACAUAUUAUUGUACAACAAUUGAGGAACACUCGGAAAAGUUUUGCAAUCAUUAUGAUGCAGUUGUAGCUUCGGAGAUCAUAGAGCAUGUUACAGAUAAGGAAUUGUUUGUUAAGUCCUGCAUUAAGACAUUGAAGCCAGGCGGAAAGAUAUUUAUAACGACUCCAUCCAGGACGAGACUCGCUCAAAUAUUUAUUAUAUACUUAUCGGAGUAUGUAUGCGGCAUUGUGCCCAAAGGGACGCAUGAAUAUGAAAAAUUUAUGACUCCCAAUGAGCUGACAUUUUUAUUGGAAAGAAAUAACUGUCAUGUGGAAUUGAUCCAUGGCAUUGUAUUCAAUGUUUUGACCAACAAAUGGUCGUUCAUCAGUUCUACGGACAUGAUCUUCGCCAUUCAGGCUGUGAAAUAUGAAGCGGGAAAAUAGAAAUUAUAUGAAAAUUAAUUUAAGGAAUACAUCCCUCAAGUCUGAAACGAAGUUGUCUUGAAGAAAAGUAUCUUAUAACCCAUUCACUACAAGAAAUUGUCAAAUUAUAUCUACUUCUGUUGAAAUAUUAAAAGUAUUUGAUUUUCUUACUGUU